GUCUUCUCUCCUGCUCGAUCGGGUUCAUUCUUGGCGCCAUCAUUGCCUCUCCUUCCUUUGCACUUGUUACAGAACACGAUCGAUGCCCCCCUCACACUGCUGCUGACAGCACAGGAUCGAUCGAUUCGGGCCAUGGCGAAGAUCAUCCUGCUGCUGCUGGUGGCGGCGUUAACGUUCUUGGCAACGCAAGCUCAGGCGCAGCCGGCGUCGUCCGGCGGUCCGGAGCCGACGGGGGUGGGCAUCAAGGUGUCUUUCCGUCCCAGCGUGGCCAUAGUGGUGGGCAUCUUCACCAUGAUCUUCUCCCUCACCUUCCUCCUCCUCAUGUACGCCAAGUUCUGCCACAACUCCUCCUCGCCGCCCUUGCUGCCCACCACCACCAACAACAGCCCCGGCCGUAUGGCCACCGCGGUCGACGCCGAAGCCAACAGCGGUGUGGGCAAGGGGGUGAUCGAGUCGCUGCCCUUCUUCCGGUUCGCUGCGCUGCGUGGCGCGCGGCAGGGGCUGGAGUGCGCGGUGUGCCUGGCCCGGUUCGACGACGCCGACCUGCUCCGGCUCCUCCCGCGCUGCCGCCACGCCUUCCACCUCGACUGCGUCGACCGCUGGCUAGCCACCAGCGCCAGCUGCCCGCUCUGCCGCGCCCGCGUCCAUGCCGACGACGCCGACCUCGGCCUCAAGUACGCCGCCGCCAGCGCGCGUUUCGUCUUCGGCGCCGCCGCGGACGACCACCCUACCCCGGUGGUAGCGUCAGGGUCGAUGUCAGGUCGUGACCUCACGGCGGGCAUAUUCGUGGAGCGCGUCCCGUCGUCUCGAUUCGGCGUCGGCGUCGCCGGCGAGAAUAGCAAUGAUCUGGACAGGCACCGGCACCGCAUCGUGGUGUCCGACGUGGUCUUCAAGAGCCGGUGGAGCGACCUCAGCUCCGCCGACCUCCUCGCGCUCGACACCGAGAUGCUGCGCUCCUUCUCCAGCGGCCACUUGGACUUGGACGUCGGCCAAGACAUUGUUUUCGUCGGACAUCACGCUACUACUACCACUCUAGAAGACAGCAGCGGAACGGUGGAGAAGAAGCGGCUGCUUGAGAAGGGAGAUCUGCAGCAGGCUUCGUCGUCGGCAUCGAUAAGAGGUUGUGGGUCGUCCGGGGCACGGUCCAUGUCGGAGAUCGUGAGGCUGCCGAGGGUGGCGAGACCGAUGGCCAGGACAGAGGAGGAGAGACGGUGGGCGCCCAUCGCCCGCCGGACGGCGCGGUGGUUCGCCGUUCGCCAGGAGGGAGGGGGACGCCGUUGACGGACACGCCCACGUCACACAUCCGCGUCCCAGACUCCUCCUACUCCUACGUACUCCUCGCGUGCGUAGUGAGUGUAAACUAAAAAAAUUGCCGCGAUCGAUAUCAUCCGUUCGUAUGUAAAUUACUAGUACAAGAAUUAUUCGAAACGCCACACGAAUUUAAACAGAUUUUUCGUCUCUGCAUUUUCGUUUUUGAACUAAAGUGUUCUGCAUUGUCAUUUGUUAUCGGAGUUUCAUCUGACUGGGCAUAGAGCCAUAGAGAUUGAGUGGGGUCAAUUAUUUUGUAAUUUAGUGUUGA